AUGGGUGUGAUCUCUUACGAACACGAAGAGUGCUCGAAAAUCUCUCCAGGUAGGUUGUUCAAAUCGUUCAUCCUCGACGCUCACAACCUCAUCCCGAAGGUCUUGCCGGGAGCCUUCAAGAGCUUCGAGAUCUUAGAGGGAGAUGGUGGAGUUGGGACUAUCAAGUUGAUCACUUUUGGUGAAGGGAGUCAAUUCAAGAGCAUGAAGCACAGAAUAGAUGAAAUCGACGAGGAAAACUAUGUGUUCAAGUACAGCGUAAUCGAAGGAGAUGUUUUAGGAGAUGCUCUCGAAUCCAUAUCGUAUGUUGUGAAGGUCGAGGCCGGCCCGGAAGGAGGAUCGGUUUGCAAAACCGUAAGCACUUACCACACGAAGAAGGAGGACCACCACAUUACCGAGGAUUUGAUUAAGGAAGGGAAAGAGAAGGCUAAAGCCAUCUUUAAGGCUGUGGAGGCUCACCUCCAUGCACACCCUCACGCUUACAACUAA